AUGUCCACGUUCAACGUAUCUCGCACGGCCUUCCUCCACUCCUCCGUGGUCUACCAGCCGGUCGAUUUCAUGUCGGGCGCGGGCGGAUGCAUGCACCUCAACACCUCUGCUGCCGCCUCCUUUGCUCACUGCCGCUUCGCCCACUGCUCCUCCCCUCUCACCGGUGGCGGGGUGUCAUUCUUUCAAGGGGAAGUGAAGCCGCAGUUUCUCAACACCACGUUCGAGUUCAACGAGGCUCUCAUCCAGGGGGGAGCGAUAGAGCUGGUGAUGAUGAACGGUCCAGCGAACUUCACGGACUGCUCGUUCCGCAGCAACCGGGUCACCAACGGGCCCAGCUUCGGCGUCGCAAUCCUCUCCUUCGGCGUGCCGAUGCGCGUGGAGAUGAGCUACUUCUGGCGCAACGUGGCGGUGAACACGCUGCCUCCGGGGUCGCAGGCAGCCACGUACCUCACUCAGGGGGGCGCUAUUGCAGCCAAUAUGUUCAUGGACGCUACUGUACCUUAUGAUAUCAUCGACUGCACGUUUGUUGAGAACCAGAGGAGCUACUUCCGGCGCAACGUGGCGGUGAACACGCUACCUCCGGGGUCGCAGGCAGCCACGUACCUCACUCAGGGGGGCGCCAUCGCUGCCAAUAUGCCGGGCAAGGCGGAGCUCUGGCGGGCAAGGCGGGGCUCUGUAUGUGGACGCAGGGCAUCCGCGAGUGCUCAACUGCCUCUUCCGCCUCUUUGCCUUGCCUCUGUAUCUCCUAUUGCUCCCUCUGUUUCCCACGCCACUCAGGGCGGGCAAGGAGGGGCUCUGUAUAUUGACACGGGGCAUCUGCAAGUGCUCAACUGUCUCUUCCUCCGCAACGGAGACCACUCCGAAUGCUCCCUGGGUGGCGCUAGUGAGUCCCACUCCCCUGCCAGUGUGGUGCUAGUGAGGGGUCCUGGCACGCAUACUCCCCAACAACUGCACGUUGAGUCACUGCGCUGCACACCCCUCCCUUGUCCACGCCCCUCCCCCUCGCGCCCCUACACGCAACAGAAGCACAAGCCCUCCCGCUCGUGCUUCCAAGGAAACUCCGUGCUCAAGCAGAACGGCGAGGCUAUUCAGGUGCUCAAGGGCACGGGGGCAGUGCGGGUGGAGAGCAGCACGUUCGUGGGCAACAGGGCGGAGCAGUCCAAGGGAGGUGCCCUGUACAGCGAGUCAGUGUCAGUCACCUUCGAUAAUGUCACACUGGACGGAAACAAGGCCGCACUACAAGGGGGCGCAGUGGCUGGCGCCCUGUACAGCGAGUCGGUGUCAAUGACCUUCGAUAGUGUCACUCUGGACGGCAACACGGCGGGGCUGCAGGGAGGGGCGGUGGCUGUCUAUGCAUCCAGCAGCGACGGUCUGCCCACCGAAGCACUUUUCAAAUCAUGCUGCUUCGUGCGCAACGAGGCGGUACUCGGGGGAGUCUAUGCAUCCAGCAGUGACGGUCUGCCCACCAAAGCUCUUUUCACGUCGUGCCGCUUCGUGCGCAACGAGGCGGUGCUUGGGGGAGGUGCCAUCUACACGGGGCUGGGCAUGCACACGCGCGUGCACGCGUGUGAGGUGGAGGAAAACAACAGCACGGGGCUGGGCGGCGCUGUGCUGGUUCAGGAGUUCUCACGGGUAGAGAUGACUCGCACCCGGUGUCAGAGGAACAUGGCUGGGCGGUGCUGUGCUCGUACAGGAGUUCUCACGGGUAGAGAUGACUCGCACGCGGUGUCAGGGGAACAUGUGAGUGGGAUGACACAGGGACAUAGCCCUCACAGAGCCCUCACAGGCGGCGCAUGCCUCUCUCUGCUCGCCAACGCGCACGCCACAGUCACCGACUCAGUCCUUUCAGCCAACCACGCCACCAGCGAGGGGGGGGGCGGCACUGUGUGUGCUGCAGUGACAACCAUUCUCUGUUUCCUCUCCUCCCGCCCGAACCUCCCACACCAGAGCCCUGACAGGCGAGCCCUAACAGGCGGUGCGUGCCUCUCUCUGCUCGCCAACGCCCACGCAACUGUCACCGACUCAAUCCUUUCAGCCAACCACGGCACCAGCGAGGGGGGAGCAGCGCUAGCCCUAACAGGCGGUGCGUGCCUCUCUCUGCUCGCCAACGCCCACGCCACAGUCACCGACUCAAUCCUUUCAGCCAACCACGGCACCAGCGAGGGAGGGGCAGCGCGCGUCAGCGGCAGCGCGCACCUCUCCCUCCUCUCCUCCUCCGUCUCCCACAACACCGCAGCCUGGGGCGGCGCCGUCUGGGUGGAGAUGGGCGCGUCUCUGCUCAUCUCAAACAACUCGAAGCUUGUCGGGAACGAGGCGAGGUACCUCGGCGGGACGGUGUAUGCGACGCACGUGUCCCGGGUGGAAGUGCGAGGCGGGAGCGUGUUUCGGGGAAACUCCGCGCUGCAUGGAGGGGCUAUGGUGGUAGAGGCAGAGGCGAGAGUCACAGCAGCCGAUUCUGCGUUUGAAAACAACACCUUUUCGGGGAUUUUAUUCCAAGGGUUUUCCCAGGGGGUUCUGCGGAACUGUAGCUUCACGCGGAAUUCCAACGCGGCUGGGCGGGGUGGCGCGGUGCUGGUUGGAGAUAAGACGACGGUCGCCGUCCACUCGUGCAGCUUUGCCGGAAACUGGGCGGCACUGGGCGGCGCGGUGAGCACCGAAGGCAGCCCGUAUCUCAUAAUCAACGGCUCAGAUUUCACAAGGAACAUAGCGCAGAUUGGGGCAGGGGUUGCCCUAGCAGGCUCCACAGCUUUCACCAUGGGGGAGUCUGUGUUUAUUAAAAAUAACGCGACUAAGGCGGGAGGGGGGGUGGCUGUCUUAGAGCAGGUGGAAGGGGAGAUAUCAGGGUCGAGGUUUGAGGGGAACUAUGCGGUGGUGGGCGGUGCUGGGGUGUACCUGAUGCGCUCGGCUGCUGCUACUGCUGCUGCAGCAGGUGGUGGUAACAGGCCUCCUCGGGUUCGACUGCAAGGCCUGCUGUUUGACGGCAACAGUGCCAUGGAUGCACACGGGGUGGCCUUCUUCGAUGCUUCCUACAGCCCCCACCUGCGCUCCGCCUGCCACGCCUGCCAGAUGCGGCAGCAGGGGGAUACCCAGGGCAGCAUGCCGGCAGAUUUUUAUCUCCAAUGGCCGGGGGUGGCGGCGUCAUCCCAGGAGACAGGUGGCAGCUUCUCAGUGGUGGGCUCGGUGGGCUCCAUGCUGACGGGGCUGCAGGUGGUGGUGGUGGACGAGUUUGGCAACAUUGUCUCUAAGGACAACUCCGCCUUGUCUCACAGCUGUCAGGGGAAAUCCGGCGCCGCCGCAACCAACCCAUUCGCUUCCCCCGAUCCCCUCCCUUCCCCUUCCCACCCACCCCGCCAGGACAACUCCGCCCUAGCCAGCGACAACUCCGCCCUAGCCAGCGUCUCCCCUGACAGCCGCAUCAGCGGUUCCUUGCGCGGCACAUCGCAGGGCGGCAUCAUCACAGUGCCGCCCAUUGCCGUCCGCGUGUCCCCGGGCGGUGCGCUACAGCCGAUAGCGCUCACCGUCACCGUCUCCUCCACCACCAACGCCUUCCCGGACUUCUCCCACCCGUUCAACAUUUCCUUCUGCCCGGCUGGGCAGUAUUUCGACGGGGAGAGCUUCAGCUGCCAGGACUGCCCUGUGGGCCACUGGGCAUGGAGACAUGUCCACACAGCACCUUCACCUUCUUUCCAAUCCAAUGUUGCUGCUGAAGGCAUUCCAGUAGGUCAUAUCCCUCCCAUCAUCACUCUAACUAAGUCCCUCUUCCCGUCCUCCUUCUCACCCCCCUCCCAUUACCCCAUCCUUCUCCUUUCAGGUGCGCACCGGGCCAGGGCAUGGAAACGUGUCCAGGCGGCACCUUCACCGUCUUCCCCAACGCCCCCUCAAUGCAAUCAAGUCACUAUUCCUGUGGUUCGCCCCCCUUCCCUUACUCCCCCCCCUCGCCCCCCUUCCCUCACCUCCCCUCAGGGCAUGGAGACCUGUCCAGACGGCACCUUCACCUUCUACCCCAACGCCGUGUCCCAGGAGCAGUGCACGCCGUGUGAUGAUGACAGCCUGGACUGCCGCUAUGGCACGCUGGAGCUUGGACUGCCGCUAUGGCUGGAGGUGGGUGUGUGUGUGAGGGGGGUUAGAAGGAGCAUGGCACAGCACGGCACCUUCAUGUUCUUCCCCAACGCCGUGUCGCAACAGCAGUGCAUGCCGUGUGAUGAUGACAGCCUGGACUGCCGCUAUGGGAUGCUGGAGGAGCAGUGCACGUCAUGUGAUGACGAUAGCUUGGACUGCCGCUAUGGCACGCUGGAGGUGGGUGGGUUGCAGUGGGCAGCCGCGGAGACCCCUCUGACCGUCGCGUCACCUCUGCAGGCAGCCGCGGAGACCCCUCUGACCGUCGCGUCACCUCUGCAGGCAGCCGCGGAGACCCCUCUGACCGUCGCGUCACCUCUGCAGGCAGCCGCGGAGACCCCUCUGACCGUCGCGUCACCUCUGCAGGCAGCCGCGGAGACCCCUCUGACCGUCGCGUCACCUCUGCAGGCAGCCGCGGAGACCCCUCUGACCGUCGCGUCACCUCUGCAGGCAGCCGCGGAGACCCCUCUGACCGUCGCGUCACCUCUGCAGGCAGCCGCGGAGACCCCUCUGACCGUCGAGCAGCAGCCACCUCGCCCGCCCGAUCUCCCUCGCCUCGUUUCUGACAACACCACCAAUGCCUCGCGCCUCACCACCUACGCGGAGGAGGUGGCGACACACACGCGACUGGUGGAUACCCACAAGGCAGCCCUUGCUGCUCACACCACGGCCGCUGCCCUUCAAGCGCAACCCGCAGCCUCAGCAGCAGCAGCAGCAGUAGCAGCAGCGGCAGCAGCAGCAGCAGCAGCAGCUGAUGCACCCGGGGUUCCAGGGCCUUCCGCCUAUGCAGCAGCAGUACCUGGGGCCACAGCAUCACCCGGGAUUCCUGGGUCCCCCCCUCCUCCCUUAUCCUCCCCAGCCACAGCAGCCCCUUCUUCAGCAGCAGCCAUACCCUGGCUACCCCUCUGCCCCCCGCAGUGUCUCUGA